ACUGGAGUUUGGUUCUCGAGGCGGCGGCAGCAGCGGCGGCGGCUCCGGCGGCUCCUCCUCCUCCUGCGGUGGCGGCGGCGCCCCGGGCCCGAGCCCCGGCUCCGGCUCCCAUCUCCGCCACCCCGCGCGCCCCCUCCUCUCCCGGCGCCGCGGGGAACAUGAAGCUCCGUUCCCGGAGGCCGGCGAGUGAGUGACCCCCGUCCCCCGCCUCAGCCCGCCCGCCCGCUGGCCCGGCCGCUCCCCCCCGCCUCGCCCAGGCAAUGACAGCGGCUCCGGCGUCUCCGCAGCAGAUCAGGGACCGGCUGCUGCAGGCCAUCGACCCCCAGAGUAACAUCCGGAACAUGGUGGCGGUGCUGGAAGUCAUCUCCAGCCUGGAGAAAUACCCCAUUACCAAAGAGGCACUGGAGGAAACUAGACUCGGGAAGCUCAUCAACGACGUCCGCAAGAAGACCAAGAACGAGGAGCUCGCCAAGCGGGCCAAGAAGCUGCUGCGGAGCUGGCAGAAACUCAUCGAGCCUGUGCACCAGAAUGAGGCGGCGCUGCGGGGGCUGGCGGGGGCCCCUGGCUCUGCCAACGGGGGUGCCCAUAACUGCCGGCCGGAGGCGGGGGUGGCCAGUGCACCCAAGAGCAUCCAUGACCUGAAAAACCGCAAUGACAUCCAGAGGCUGCCUGGGCAGCGGCUGGACAGGCUGGGCAGCCGCAAGCGCCGGGGGGACCAGCGCGAUCUCGGCCACCCUGGGCCACCUCCCAAGGUCUCCAAAGCAAGCCAUGACUCCCUGGUCCCCAACUCAUCACCCUUCCCCACCAACGGGAUUGGCGGGAGCCCCGAGAGCUUCCCAGGCCCCCUGGACAGUAGUGGGCACGUGGGCCCCGAGGGUGGCCGCCUAGAGCAUGGUGAGAAUGACAAGCACAGUGGCAAGAUCCCUGUCAAUGCCGUGAGGCCACACACCAGCUCUCCGGGCCUAGGCAAGCCCCCUGGGCCCUGCUUGCAGAGCAAGGCUGUGAUGCUGCAGCAGCUGGACAGGGUGGACGAGACCCCAGGUCCCCCCCACCCCAAGGGGCCACCUCGCUGCUCCUUUAGUCCCCGGAACUCACGGCAUGAGGGCUCUUUUGCACGGCAGCGGAGUCCAUACACACCCAAGGGUUCUGUGCCCAGCCCCUCACCACGGCCCCAGUCGCUUGAUGCCACGCAGGUGCCGUCACCGCUGCCACUGGCCCAGCCGUCCACACCUCCUGUGCGGAGGCUUGAACUGCUGCCCAGUGCUGAUAGCCCAGUGUGCUGGCUAGAGCAGCCUGAGGGUCACCAGCGGCUGGUGGGGCCAGGCUGCAAGGCGGGGCCACCCCAGGCUGAGCCCCUCCUGCCCAGGGCUGGCUUCUCCCCGGACUCCUCCAGGGCUGACAGUGAUGCGGCCUCCUCUGGUGGCUCGGACAGCAAAAAGAAGAAGAGGUACCGGCCUCGUGACUACACGGUGAACUUGGACGGCCAGAUGGCCGAGGCGGGCGUCAAGCCUGUCCGGUUAAAAGAGCGGAAGCUCACCUUUGACCCCAUGACAAGACAGAUCAAACCUCUGACCCAGAAAGAGCCAGUACAGGCCGACAGCCCUGUGCACAUGGAGCAGCCUAGGACAGAGCUGGACAAGCCCGAGGCCAAGGCCAGCCUCCAGAGCCCCUUUGAGCAAACGAACUGGAAGGAGCUGUCACGCAAUGAGAUCAUCCAGUCCUACCUGAGCCGGCAGAGCAGCCUGCUCUCAUCAUCAGGCGCGCAGACCCCGGGGGCCCACCACUUCAUGUCCGAGUACCUGAAGCAGGAGGAGAGCACCCGGCGUGGGGCCAGGACGCCACACGUGCUACUGCCUCCAGGGCCGCCCACCGACCUCCCAGGGCUGAGCCGCCAGGUCACGCAGGAUGAUCUGGACAGAAUCCAGGCCCGCCAGUGGCCAGGGGUGAACGGGUGUCAGGACACACAGGGUAAUUGGUAUGACUGGACGCAGUGCAUAUCGCUCGACCCGCACGGCGACGACGGGCGGUUGAACAUUCUGCCUUAUGUCUGCUUGGACUGACUGGCCCUUGGCCUCUAAGUGCAUUCCUGCCUUGCAGUUAGCGGGCGGGUGGCUGGGGCCUGGAAGCCUCCAGUGGUUGGGAGCACGGCCAGGGUGGGAGGGAGGGGGCGGGAGUCUCGGUCUCUCCAUGCUCUUCCCUCAAAAUUCUCCUUCUUUUGUGAAAUGCUGCUACCAGUUUACUAACAAAAUUACAAAGGAAGGACCAUGUGGAAGGAAGGCCGGCAAAGUGAGUUCAGAACUCUAUAGCAAACCAGCUAUAAAAAGCGUCAGUCCCACACCCCAAAAGAGGUGCGGACACUUCCCAGCACCUGUGUGCUGGGACCUUAAUGGCAGGCAGGCACAGAAAACCUAUGGGAGAGGUUACCUUUAACACAGCAACAGAAGCACGCAUCUCAUCUGUGUUUCCUGUUCUUUAAUUUGGUCCUGAGUGUCUGAGGCUGUGGCCAACACCAUAGCCUCUGUUUGCACCCUGCCAGGCCAGUGUUUCCGUCCUGGUGCCAGAAGCUUCUCGGCUGCAGUAAGCUGCUGGUGUUGGGCGGGCCACCUGGCCGGCUAGUUUGACCCACACCCCAUGGGCAUCCACACAUUAGUAUCUGGUUUCAGUUCAAACCCAGUUUUUAAAGAAAUGCUGCAAAAAUUUACGUUUUCUAGAGUUUAUUUUAUUCCCCUCUUCCGUCUCACCACCAGCCAAAUAAUUUUCCUUUCUUUAUCCCUUUUCAUUUUCCCCUUCCUGCACAUAUCUAGAAAACACCUUUCUAGAGUCCCAUCCCCAAAACACAGUUCCCACAGGUGCUACUGGUUUGUAAGCUGUAUUGUUGGCGAGGAGACCUGUCUGUGCGCUGGAAACACUCAUGACCAUUCCUUUAGAUUCGUUUGCCUUAUGGUUAUUGUCAUAACGCGAUUUGCAAAAACAAGGAGCCUUAGUGAAUGUACAGUAUCUAGACUUCUGUGUUCUCAGGAUGCAGAAGGGAGCAACUUUGCUAUUUGGUCCAAUAAGUGGACACCUUGUGAUAUAAAUGUGGAAAUAAAAAAAAAAAAAA